GUCAAUGACGUCCCACGGAUACCGGACCCGGCGCUUCUCUGUCACUUCUGUGUUUGUGACUGUGGAAACAACUAAGUCCUGGUUCUGGAGUUCUUCACGACAUUUGCGGACCUCACUAUCACCACGUGCACAGGUGUGUUUACUAAAGAGGUGGCGCGCGCCAACAACGGUUCGGGUUGUAGUUUCAGGCGGCAGCGAUGACACCACCGCUGUCCUUUGGAGGAAGAGGAAGGAGGUGAUGAUGAUGACAUGUAGUUAGCUGGCUGCCCGGCUGGCUGACGGACGAAGCAAAGCCCGGUGAGAGAGGAGGAGUACCCCGAAGCCAGCUCAGGGUCCGGGGAGAGAGGCGAGGAUGCCGCGGAGGAAGCAGUCCAACCCUCAGCCGGUGAAAGUGGAGUCAGAAGGCGAGUCGGCGGACUGUGAUCUGGGCUGCCUGGUUCUGGAGAGGGACUUCCUGUUGGGUGGAGAGCUGGAGUUCGGAGACCCGGAGAUCAUGGGUCUGGACCGAGAGACAGGUGUGACGGUGUUCUCUCUGAGCAUGGAGGAAGACCCCUCUACACCAUCAGACCUCCCGGUAUUGCUGUCCUGUAAGGGGUGUGGUCAGCUGUUGGGGGACCCCCCUCUGGGACCAGGCUUGGACCUAGAUGUUGGCCUGGGCCUAGGGGCGGAGCUUUACUGCGUGACCUGUGAGGAGGGUCUGCAGCAGACCUCCUCCAUGGAGGUCUCCAGCCUGUCUGAGCAGACCCUCAGCUCCAGCCGGAGGAGGAGAGGUAAGACCGGCACCGACAUCCCCGCCAAGCUGUACUCCUGCUUGCUGUGCGCCUUCACCUCCCGCUACUCCAACCACCUGAAACGCCACAUGAGGAUCCACGACGGCCAGAAGCCGUACCGCUGCCCCGCCUGCCCGUACGCCUCGGCCCAGCUGGUCAACCUGCAGCGCCACGCCCGCACGCACACGGGGGAGAAACCGUACCGCUGCCUCCAGUGCAGCUACGCCUGCAGUUCCCUCGGCAACCUGAGGAGGCACCAGCGCAUGCACAUGCAGGAGGCGCCACAGAGGAGGGAGAGGAGACGAGGGAGGAAGAGGAAGGCUGACGCUGGAGCCGAGGAAGUGACUCUGAGACUCUCCCAGGACUCGGCUUACCUCCAGGCCUUGGGGGGCCUCGGCUCUCCCUCCAGCCCCCUCCCAGUCCUCCUCUUCCCCCUGUGCUGCCGUGUGUGUGGUCUCACCCUGGAGGAGGCUGACCUGGAGGGGGACAGAGCUGAGGGGGAGGCAGAGCCUGACGGUGGACAGGCGUGUCGUCGCUGCUCGCUGGACCUGCUGUCUAAAGAUGGCUCGGAGCCCCCCUGCAGCCCCGACACCCCGCGGGGGUCCUGGCAGGGCCAGCGUGGCACCAUGCUGUACCGCUGUCCUCACUGCCCCUUCCUGUCCCACUACCCCAACCACCUGGCCCGCCACUCCCACACCCACUCUGAGGAGAAACCCCACCACUGUCCACACUGCUCCUACACCUCCUCACACCUGGACAACCUCAAGCGCCACCUGCGCGUGCACACGGGCGAGAAGCCGUACCAGUGCCCGUCUUGCAGCUAUGCCUGCGGGAACCUGGCCAACCUGCGGCGCCACGAGCGCAUCCACUCGGGCUCCAAGCCGUUCCACUGCAGCGUCUGCGGCUACUCCUGCAACCAGAGCAUGAACCUGAAGAGGCACAUGCUGCGGCAUACGGGCGAGAAGCCAUACGCCUGCGCCGAGUGCGGCUACACCACCGGCCACUGGGACAACUACAAACGCCACCAAAGGAAGCACGGACACAACACGGACAGCUGGGACAAACACGCCCCCGUCAACGGCCUCAGCUGGGGCCCGAACACUCAGGAGAGCCCGAGUCAAGGACCGGAGCUCAGCUCCAUACACUGAAUGCUCAUGAGAAGGGGAGACGAGAAUCAGACCAUGGACUCGAAAUGAUUUGAUUUAAGGAAAAAAGCCAAAUGUAACACUCAGACCUUCCAGCAGAUUUUUAGUUCCUCAUACCAGUUAAUCAGGUGAUCUAGGUCCAUAUUUUAAAUACCUACAAUCAGGAUGGUCUCCAUCCUCUGGGCUUACUGGAGUCAGUGAUGGUGCAGGACCCCUGACAUGAUCUGACUCCAUCACUGAGAUGAAACACAGAAAACGGGACAUUUGUGUGAUUAAACUGGAGAUGACCAUGAAUGGACGAGACAACCGUAGACGGACAAGACGACCGUGAACAGACGAGACGACUGUGGACGGAUCAUGAAUGUGAACUGACAGGACGACCGGACAUUGAACCUGCAGGACGAUCAGACUUGGUGAUCAUAGACUGAUGGGACGACCAUAGAUGGACAGGUCCUUGACUGUGUGACUCUCCUGUCCACUCUGACAUGGGCGGACGGAUCUGAUGCAGUGAAAGAGUCCCAGAUGUGCACAACAGGCACUUUUCUGCUCAGAAGACGAGUUCACACCAUUCUGUGCUAAACCUGCUGCCAUAGAUCUACAUGAGUCUAAUCAUACUUUAUAUUUUCUUCUCCUUGUUUUAAUCCAGCUCAUAAUCCUCCUGUAGGACGACCGUAGAGCUCAGGAAAGUGAAUUAUGGAUAUAAAUGUAUGAGUUCAGUAGCAGAAGGUCGUGUUGCAGACAUAAAGAAAAGCUUUUCUACACUGGUCAACCUCCAGCUCGGGUUGGAGCCAAACUCAGGUGCCUUUCAUGGACUGCACUGACUUUUAAAGGGGCAUUAAUGUGUGUGUGGGUGUGUGUGUGUCGGGGGGGGGGUUAGCUAGACUGGUUUCCUGUGAUCUGAUGAAGCCAGUUGAGGAUUAUUUUUUCUCUACAGAUGAUUAUUUUUAUGUGUGACCAGCUUUACGUGGAUCUGAUGAAGGGACGGGUUCUGUUGCUUUGCUGUCUGGGUCGGGUGGGUUUUCUGCACCUGUGGACAGGUGUGGAGAUGCUUGCCGCUCUGAAACAGGAGAGAUGCAUCGCUGACAGCGUUUUCAGUCAGUGUCAAGCCAGUGAGGAUGAAAAGGGAAUGAAAGUUUAUUUUUCUGAGAUGGAUGUGAACAUGUUGCUGCUACCUCUGCUGUUUCAGAAAGACUAAAUAAAAGGGGAAAAAUCCCAAAUCCA